AUGUUCUUUUCAGUUAAAAUUUUUGUGUUUACCCUUUUAAUAUGGACUUGGGAAUACUCAAAUAAGUCAACUAACUUUGGUAAAACGUGUGAUAACAAAAUUAGAAAUAACAAUGCAUUACAUUUAAGAUUAAGCAGAUUAUUAAAAGAUGAAGCAGAAGAAGCUGUGUUAUUAUAUAAAUCUUUAAAAGACUCAACAACAAAUGUACUAGAUGCAGAUGAUUAUACCUUCAAAAAACGAAUAAAUACUUCAAAACAUUAUGAUAACUCUGAAAAAUCAACAUACCCAUUCAAAUUCAGUGAUAAACGUAAAAAACAUAAUGAGUUCAAAGUUGGAAAACAUUCUGAAAAACAAUCCAAUCAAUUAAAAUUUAACGGUAAUUUAAAAAAAUCAGCAGAUAUAACAGAAUACGAUAUUGACAUUGGAGCAUUCCCUGAUAUAGUAGAAUGUUAUAAUUACUAUAAAAUGGGAAAUAUAGACACAAGUCGAAUGCGCUUUGAAAUGAUGAAAUAUAAUAUUAAAGAAAAAGAACAUUCUAGGCCAAGGUUAAUUAAUAUUUUUAAAAAAUUAGAUAGACAUAUUGAAUUGGGGAUGUUGCGAUUAAUGAAAUCAGAAUAUAUUAUUUGCGACGAUGACUUAAUUAAGGGAAAAAGUAUAUUCGGAAAAAUAUUAUAUUAUAUGAAAAAAUAUAGAAUAAUAUCUCCACCACUUAUCAUCGUAUUAGCUGUAAUUAUGCUUCUUAUAUUACAUGUAAAUGAAAAAAUUAUUGUUGCCCUUGCUUGUGUUGGUAUUGCAGUGGUAAUUUACUACAUAAUUAAACUUCGGAAAUGCCAAAAAAUAAUUAGAUUGUUUAAACAAAUUAGAACCGAUAAUAAACAUAUGAAAAAAUACCGCGAUCCAAAUAAAAGAAAUUUAUAA